CACCUUAAAGUGGAAAAAGUUUCCUCUCCUUUUAAUUGAAGGGAGAACAUUCACAAAAUGGUAGACAGGAGGAUUCGGAAAGCUCGCUUCAGCAGCCGGGACCUGUGCGCCCUGGUGGAUGCGGUGAUGGAAAGACGGGAGGAUCUCUUUGGCCGGGGAGGUGACCCUCCUGACGCGCAGAGAAGGAGGAGGGAUGCUUGGCAAUACGUGACGGAGAGGGUCAAUGCAGUUUCCGGAACCCACAGGACCUGGGAGGAAGUUCGCAAGAAGGUCCACGAUCUGAAGAAAAGCACAAAGGAAAAACUUGCUUAUAAUCGAAGAUCAUGGCAAGCAGCGGGUGGUGAGCCCUCAGAUGUCAAGACAUUGACGGAAUUUGAAAAUGAUAUGAUUGUUGUACUUGGGAAGGAAAGUCUUGAAGGUCUUCAGCCUGUGGAUAUUGGUACCAUUACAAGAUGUGUUCCACAAAACGAACACUGUGGACAGCAAGUAAUAUCACAAGAGCAACAUACAUUUGCAUGCCGCUUGUCACCAAUACCGCUUGAAACAGAUAAUAGCAUAGAAACAUCUCUGGUUCAAGGUAUAAAGGAUGAAAAUCAGGAAACGCCAAGUGAGUCCCUCAGCACUAGUGAUGAAUGGGAAGAAGUGGUGGUGGGUGAUGAGGGAACAACUGUUGCAGCCUGGAGACCCAUCAUGAUAAGUGCCCCAACUCAGUUAGAUGCAGUUACAGACCUUAAUGGGCCUGCUUUCAAACGGAGGCUGUUAGAGCAUGGAGCCCGUGUUGAACAGUCACUAGCUUUUAUGCACACCACUUUGGAAGAUGGUAUGGUUAGGUUGGAUCAGCGGCUGUCCUCAAUGCAAUCUGCCAUUGAGCAGAUGGCAACACCAGUGACAGCUGCAGUAGAAAACUCACUUAUGCAAGCUGUCGGCAAUGCAGGAGCAUCUCUUGUGAAUGUUCACAGUAUUGCUAUGGAAGCUUUAGGGUCAAAACUUAAGGAAGCAGUUGUGGCUGGCUUUGAUUCACUUGGACAGCAAUUACAUGGAACUAUGAGAGAAGGAAUUAAAAAUCUAAUUGAAACGCAGUGUUCUACAUUUUUGCAGCUGAUUGCAUAUUGUGAGGAGAAGCCCUCCAGUAGUGGCACAAGUGAAGUUAAGGCAGUUGACACUCCUGUUACCACGAGCUGACAGUUAUCACUGCCAGUUCUGUGCCAGCAUACGUCUUUGCACAAGUACCAUGGUAACAAGUAAGCUGACAAAAUUGAAAUAAAGCCUGAUGAAGGGCUUUUGCCCGAAACGUUGAUUUUCCUGCUCCUCAGAUGCUGCCUGACCUGCUGUACUUUUCCAGCACCACUCUAAUGUUGACUCUGAUCUCCAGCAUCUGCAGUCCUCAUUUUCGCAAAAUUGAAAUAAAGCCUUCUUAUCGUUGUAUUCUUUUAAUAUAUAAAAGGUCUGCUGUACUUUGAAAAUAGCUGUAGGAAUCACUGUUUUCUCAGUUAUCAUUUUCUAUUUUGGAGUUACCUUUGAAUGGUGCUUCGAAUCUAAUCAAGGACACACACAAUUGGAAAAGAUGUAGGGCAUUAAACCUUUUUGAGUCAAUUUCACUAUUCAUUAUAAACCUGACUGAUCUGAUUGAGGCCUGAAUUUUACGUUGUAGUUCCCUGCUCCCCCGUCAAACACUUCCUUGUUAAUCAAGUCUGUCCAACUCAGCUUUGUGUGUUCAGUGAUCCAUCUUGCACUGCUCACUGCAGAAGAUAAUUUCAAACAUUAAUGACCCUCAGAGAAGUAAUUCCUCCCCCUCUGUGUUUUAAAUGGGGGACCCCGUAUUUUAAAAUUGUGGCCUAUAUAUUUCUUCAUCCCCAAAAAGGGGAAAAUUCCUCUCAGCAUCUAUCCUGUCAAACUCAGAAUCUUAUUGAAAUAUAAAUGAUCAUCUCUCACGCUUCUGAACUCAAGUGAAUAUAGCCUCAGCCUUCCCUUCAUCCCAUGAAUUAGCCUUGUGAAUCACCUCUGAAAUGUUUUCAAACUAUGUCCCUCCUUAAGUAAGGAGCCGAAACUGUACAAAGUUCUCUAGUCUGGUCUCACCAGUGCCCUGUAUGGAUGUAGUAAGACUUUUAUGCUCCUUCCCUCUCACAAUAAUGGCUAAUAUUCCAUUUGCCUUCCUAAUUACUUAGUGUAUUUGCAUGUUGACCUUUUGUGAUUUAUGUACAAGGAUACUCUGAAUUAAUGCUCAUAUUCAUUUAAAAGAUGACUCAAUAAUUGGUGUUAUAAUUGUGUGAUGUAAAAUCUCUGUUUGGUUGUACUUAAAAAUAUUCAUGCCUUUUAGGCUGUGGAUAGAUUAACCUUUGAGAAUAGUAUCCACAUAUUUGUGUAUUUACUAUUAAACUCUGAUGUGGCAAUCUGCUAAACUUGUGCCAUUUGCUAAUUUUAGGCUGGCAUGAACACUAUCCUGUUUUGGGCAAACUCAAUUGUUAUCACCAAGCAUAUCCUUAAAAAUGCAUCAAGAGAAACUGUAACUCAAAUCUCCAGUCAUGAAAUCCUGUUAAAACUUGAAAAAUAGCACAUGCAAGAGUUACUGCUUUAAAAGAAUUUAAUGAGUUUUAAAAACAGUAAAAAGGCUACUUUCCAAAUGUUGCAGGGGCAGAUCCAUUUUAAUGUCUCGUAACCAGCCUCAAGAACAUACUUGAUUUUUAAGAUUGUGUAGUAUUAAACUAAAAAUGUUUGUGAAUUUAAUUUUAUAAAUAAAUAUUAUAGCUAAUUUCACUUGUAAAAUACUUGUCCUGUGUUUGAUAUUUUACCAUUUUGAGGAGACUGAAACUAUGAACGAUCAGAAAAGUGUUCUAAUGUGUUUUUCUCAUUUAGGAUAAAUUGUUAAUUAAAUUGUUGAACAAAUUCUGCAAAAAACGUCUUUAAAUGAUAACGAUCAUGGGAUGAGACAAAGAUCCAUUCAUAGGAAUUGGACUAAACCUUUUUGAAGAGAAAAGGUUUUUUUAACUGUAACAAAUGCUCAAAAAUAGUUCUAUUUAUGCAUUUUCUUCAAGGAGUCUGUGAUUUUAAUAUUUUCUAUAAAUUUGAACAGGUAGUGCAGUCAACAAUGAAAUUAGAUUCAGAAUAACAAACAUUGUGUUGUAUACAGAAAACACAACCAUACCAAUAAACCUUGGAGCAUGAAUGUAUUAUUCUUGUAUGUACCUUAUGAAAUAUUACAAUGGCUUCAUUUUGACUGAAAGGCAGCAUAAGCAUUCUGAAGUAGUACAAGGACAAAAACUAUGAAAGCUUGAAAACAGAAUUUGUGGACUUGGGUGUUAGAUUAAAAAGUAGGGCCUCUCUAGGAUUACUUAGGUGCACAUCAGGCAACUUUUAAUCACAUUACUUCCUCUUCUACAUUUUCUUUAAUAUUGUGUUCCUGGCUCACUAUUCUCUUGAUUUCAAACACUUUUCAAUUACAUUAUAUCUAUCUUCAGUGGAAAAUAGAAAGAAAGAUUGAUGGACGCCUCUUGCAUUUCCUUGUACAUUUGUCUUUGCCUCGUAUGUAUGUUUACGUUUGCAAACUUUGGCCAUGUAUAAAAGCCCUUGCAAUCUA